AUGGGUCUCAAGGCUUCCUCUUCUCUACUCUGUCUCACCAUCUUAUUAGGUGUUUCUUCCAUUGUAUCAGCAGUUAACAUAACCCGAGCACUCGAGAAAUACCCUGAAUUCAGCACCAUGGUCGAGCUUUUCGGUAAGACCGAGCUCGCACCAAUUAUCAACAAACGUCAGACAAUUACCGUGCUGGCUCUUAGCAACGAUGCUAUCGGUUCCAUUUCUGGUAGACCCGAGGAGGAGCUCAAGAACGUUCUUAUGAAUCAUGUGGUUCUUGAUUACUUUGAUGAGCUCAAGCUCAAGGCUCUCAAGGACAGGAGCACAUUGCUCACUACCCUUUACCAAUCUACUGGUUUGGGCCAACAGCAAAACGGUUUCCUAAACUGCACUAAAACUAACGGAAAGAUUUACUUCGGGUCUGGUGUGAAAGGCGCUCCUCUAACUGCUGAAUACAUCACAACCGUAUUCCGCAACCCGUAUAAUCUUUCUGUGAUCCAAAUCAGCAUGCCCAUUGUGGCUCCUGGACUCGGAUCUCCGGUUAAGGUUCCUCCACCACCACCCAUGUCAUCACCACCGUCUCCAUCUCCCAAGAAGGCUGCAGUCACUCCAGCUCCUGGACCAGCUGAGGAGGAGGAUUACGCAGAUUCUCCUCCAGGCGCAGCUCCAGAAACCGCACCUGCAUCAGCCCCAUCAGAAGAUGGUUCUCCUGCUCCGGCUCCAGGGAAUGCUGGUAAGAAGAAAAUGGCAGCAGCUGAUGAAGUUGAACCACCUACUUCUGCUUCUAACACCGGUUUGACUUUUGGUGCUGUUCUCGUUCUCGGGUUUGUGGCUAGUUUUGCUGGGUUCUAA